AUGUUUCUUCCUCAGCAACAGCUACAACGACAUGGUGAUCAACAUGCACAUGAAUAUGCAUAUUCACCACCACCGCCGCCAUAUGCAGAACAUCCGUACAGCGCUCUAAACAACUCUACAGAAGCGCCCGCCCCAGUUGUCGAAGAGGUCAGCAAAGAAGACAUCCAAAACGAAGAGAACUUUGUUGAAUCCACGCUACAAUGGAUUCCCAGACAACCUUCUCCCGCACAAAUGCAGAGAACGUCCUUAAAUAAACCAGUCAUCAUCCCCCGCGUCGACGUAACCAGCCGUCUCAAAGCCCCUCUACCUUUCCUCCGCGCAUAUAGCCCAGAGCUGAGGGCACACAAUAUAAAUGAGACCGACUUUUUGGCAUUUAUUGACAAUGUCGGUGUGGCUCAAGCCGGUUCACCCGUCUUCCAAGCAGUGAAUGUAGCUGGCAUGGGUAUAGGAUUCGUGCCUUAUCACUGGGCCCAAGCUACCGGAGCGGGCCUUGAGGUUGCCGCGGGUGUUGGCACAGCUGCUGUCUCUGCGAUAAGGACGAAGAAGUUUCUGGGACGAUCCAAUGAAGAGUACUUUUCUCCACGUGGUCUGAAAGUGUCGCUCAAAAAGGAUAAAGAAGUUGCCUCUAUAGUUGGGUUUCCAUCCAACCAGAGACUGCUGGCGCCGGUGGAUAUUGGCCCAAAUUCAGUCAUCAGUAUGCGAGACCGCCGCAUGGCUGCGUUGGGUCCAUACAUCGCGCCGCUCACAACGGAUGUGCCACCACCAACCACGCAGCGGAAUAUUCUUGAUAAGAUUGCUGCUAAACAAGUAGAAAAGACAACGGAAAGGAAGGAGAAGGGGCUUCGCAAGAAGCAGCGAAAGGCGCAACAGAAACAGGAGUCCAUUGAGAGAUUGCGGGGAAACGGUUAUGAUAUUCACAACGAGCACCACGAGGUGUAUAUUGAUGAUGGAAGCUCGAGCGACAGCGACUCGAGUACGGAUUCUGCCGAAAGCAAGAUUGCUAAACUGGAUCGCGAGAUUAAGAAGAUAAACCGUAAAGCAGAUGCUGAGUUGCUGGAGAAGGGGUCCUCCAAGGCCGCUAAGAUUGAACACGAGCGAUCCAAGGAAUUGGCCAAGGUACAAAGGGAGAAGGAUAAGCGGGAGAGGAAAAUAAACAAAAAACUGGGGAAAGCGCAGGAAAAGGGACAAAAGAGAGACUCUAAGACCGAGAAGAAAGUCACCAAGAUGGAGUACAUAGUUAUCGAGAGUCUGGUUUGA